ACACAAGCGGUGAGGAAUGGCAAAGAAAACCCUGCGAGUUACCUUUUUCAUUUGACACUUCCUUUAAUCUCUCGCUCAUAACCAAAGGGUCGGCCAGUUUCAGUCGCAAAACAGGGCAAAUCUUGGUUGAUACUCAAUUUCUUCAAAGAACCCACAGACCUUCAAGUCUUCUCUUCUCAGUGUACUGUUAGGAGCGCCGCCGAGGAGGGUUUUUCAAUCAUGGCUGAUGAAAAUCACACUGAAAUUCGUGUCCCUGAAGAUGGGGCCUCAGAACCCAGUAAUGGGAAUGAACCAGAUUCUGUUGAACUUGCUUCCACAUCGCAAAAGGAUGAAGAUGAUUUGAAAGAAGGAACAAAGAAAAAGAAGAAGAAAAAUAAAAGCAAGAAAAAGAAAGAAGCGCCUCAACAGACAGAUCCACCGUCUAUUCCCGUCGUUGAUCUUUUCCCGUCCGGGGAUUAUCCAGAGGGUGAAAUUCAACAGUACAAGGAUGAUAACCUAUGGAGGACUACAUCCGAAGAGAAGAGGGAGUUGGAGCGCCUUGAAAAGCCAAUCUAUAAUUCUGUUCGCCGAGCAGCAGAAGUUCAUCGUCAGGUAAGAAAAUACAUAAAAAGCAUACUAAAGCCAGGGAUGUUGAUGACUGACCUGUGUGAGACAUUAGAGAACACAGUUAGGAAGCUCAUAUCUGAGAAUGGCUUGCAAGCAGGCAUAGCAUUUCCUACAGGAUGCUCUUUGAACUGGGUUGCUGCUCAUUGGACUCCUAAUACUGGAGAUAAGACUGUUCUUGGCUACAACGAUGUAAUGAAAUUGGAUUUUGGAACGCAUAUUGAUGGAUGCAUAGUUGAUUGUGCAUUUACUGUUGCAUUCAAUCCUAUGUUUGAUCCUCUGCUUGAAGCCUCGCGUGAGGCAACUAACACUGGCAUCAAGGAGUCUGGAAUCGAUGUACGGCUUUGCGACGUUGGUGCUGCAAUCCAGGAGGUCAUGGAGUCGUAUGAGGUUGAAAUUAACGGAAAGGUGUUUCAAGUUAAAAGCAUUCGAAAUUUGAAUGGACAUAGCAUAGGUCGUUACCAGAUCCAUGCUGGUAAGUCCGUUCCCAUUGUGAAAGGAGGGGAGCAAACAAAAAUGGAAGAGGGUGAAUUCUUCGCUAUCGAAACGUUUGGAUCGACGGGGAAAGGAUACGUUAGAGAAGAUCUUGAAUGUAGCCAUUACAUGAAGAACUUUGACGUUGGCCAUAUACCACUGAGGUUGCCAAGAGCGAAGCAAUUAUUAGCCACCAUUAAUAACAACUUCUCAACAUUAGCAUUCUGCAAACGAUAUCUCGAUCGUCUGGGCGAGACGAAAUAUCUAAUGGGAUUGAAGAAUUUGUGUGAUUCCGGAAUCGUUCAGGCCUAUCCUCCGUUGUGCGACUCGAAGGGCAGCUAUGUUUCUCAGUUUGAGCAUACCAUUUUACUAAGGCCAACCUGCAAAGAAGUGAUUUCCAGAGGUGAUGACUAUUGAUAUACUACUGUGGUGUGGCAGUUCCAAAGCCUUUCUCAUUGACAUGGUUACUGAAGAGCAUUGGUUUAAGUUACAUCUUUUUGUAUGAUAUUUGGUUAGUUCAAGAAGAUCAAAUACAACAAAUUGUUAUAUUUUUAUAUAGUUCUUAUGUUCUUUU